GAAGAGGGAGAGCCGGCUUAGGCGUAAUGACGUUGGGCUUAAGCUCGAUUACCGACGAUUAACUUCACUCCGGGCGGCUUUCUUUCGGUUCUUUCUCCCGCCGCCUGUGCCGGCAUUGGAAUCGGGGCCGCCGUUACUCACUUUUACUCUGAACUAUAUAAACGAGUUGGCCGGAGUGCAUCAGUACCAUUCAAUCGAACGCCAUCGAACAAUAGACAGCCACAUUUCGGGGAUACUAGAGCAUCGGCUUGAAUCGAAGGGAGAAACAUGUUGCGUUUUGUGAGUUUGCUUGCGCUCGUUGCUGUAGCUGCUGCCGGAUAUGGGCAUUCGGAGCGUGCCACAAAGUACGCAACGCGGAAAAUCUUCCACCACGAGCCGCACCAUGAUGUGGCGGAAGAACCGAAAGCUCACGCUCCCGCCGAGCAUCAUCAUCACGUGCCGGAGGAACACGAUCAUUUCCACGAUUUCUACGCACCGAUCAACUACAAGUUCGAGUAUGGUGUGAAGGAUCCGCAUACCGGUGACCAUAAGACGCAUUGGGAGGAACGGGAUGGUGAUGUGGUGAAGGGAGCGUACACGAUCCUGGAUGCCGAUGGUAGCUCCCGGUUGGUCGAGUAUACGGCCGAUCCUCACCAUGGAUUCAAUGCGGUUGUGAAGAAGAUCGAACAUGCGCAUAUUCCGACCAAGGAGGCACAUUCGGCACCGGUCGAGGAUCAUCACGAGCAGAAGCAUCACGAUCACGCUGGUGAGCAUGCUGUGCAGCAUACCGUGCAGCAUCACUACCAUCAGGAUCAUCACAGUGGCGGCUAUGGGCAUGGCGGUAGUUACCAUUGAGCUGACGCAGAUCGCUGUUCCUCCUGGGUGGCGCGAGAG